GUCCAAAAGUCUUGUUGUUGUCGCUGGCUGCACAAUGGCGCAAGUUGAGAUUGUCACGCCGGGAACCCGCCUCGGCACGACCCAGGACUUUCUGCCCGGCGCUGGCACCUAUGUGCGCCCUGACGACCUCAACGCAAUCGGCGGUCGCGGCAGCACGAUCGUCGCAGCGCUCGCUGGGUUUCGUAUUGUCCAGCAGCCGACGACCACUGCGCAUGCUGCUGCCAGCGCGAGCACUGCUGCCGCGUCCCAUGCAAUGGAGAUUGACGACGACAACGACGCAGCAGGAGCAGCGUCAGCACGACAGGUGUUGCCAAGCAUUCAUGUGGUGCGAGAUCUGCACGACGCAAAUCCUAUUCCAGCGAUUGGCAAUGUGGUGACUGCAACGGUCACGAGCAUCACGUCAAGGUUUGCCAAAGUUAAUAUUCUAUGCGUCGGAUCAAGUCCGCUGCGAGAACCCUUCCAUGGAAUGAUUCGAAUUCAAGACGUGCGGGAAACAGAGAAAGACAAGGUUGAAAUGUACAAGUCGUUCCGUCCCGGCGAUAUUGUUCGCGCUGAAGUUAUCUCAUUGGGCGACUCGCGCUCCUAUUUUCUGGCAACGUCCAAGAAUGAUCUUGGUGUUGUCUUUGCCGAGAGUGCAGCAGGCGCAAGCAUGUUGCCUGUCAGCUGGUGCGAGAUGCAGUGCCCCAAAACCAAGGCCAAAGAGUUCCGCAAAGUUGCAAAAACCUUCUGAUUUGCGCGUGUAUUGAAAUGAACAACAUUGAUAGCG